GGGGAUACCGGGUCCACGUACCGCCCCUCCGAGAUCCGGAGGUCGUGCAGAGGUGGGAGUGGUGUGGCCAUGGCCGUGAGGAGGGACUCCGUGUGGAAGUACUGCUGGGGAGUUUUGAUGGUUUUAUGCAGAACUGCGAUUUCCAGAUCGAUAGUUUUAGAACCUAUCUAUUGGAAUUCCUCGAACUCCAAAUUUCUACCUGGACAAGGACUGGUACUAUACCCACAAAUAGGAGACAAAUUGGAUAUUAUUUGCCCCAAAGUGGACUCUAAAACUGUUGGCCAAUACGAAUAUUAUAAAGUUUAUAUGGUUGAUAAAGACCAAGCAGACAGAUGCACUAUUAAGAAGGAAAAUACCCCUCUCCUCAACUGUGCCAAACCAGAUCAAGAUGUAAAAUUCACUAUCAAGUUUCAAGAAUUCAGCCCUAACCUCUGGGGUCUAGAAUUUCAGAAGAACAAAGAUUAUUACAUUAUAUCUACAUCAAAUGGGUCUUUGGAGGGCCUGGAUAACCAGGAGGGAGGGGUGUGCCAGACAAGAGCCAUGAAGAUCCUCAUGAAAGUUGGACAAGAUGCGAGUUCUGCUGGGUCAACCAGGAAUAAUGAUCCAACGCGACGUCCAGAACUGGAAGCUGGUACAAAUGGAAGAAGCUCAACGACAAGUCCCUUUGUAAAACCAAAUCCAGGUUCUAGCACAGACGGCAACAGUGCCGGACAUUCUGGUAACAAUAUCCUUGGUUCCGAAGUGGCCUUAUUUGCAGGGAUUGCUUCAGGAUGCAUCAUCUUCAUUGUCAUUAUCAUCACUCUGGUGGUUCUUCUACUGAAGUACCGGAGAAGACACAGGAAGCACUCACCGCAGCACACGACCACACUGUCACUCAGUACAUUAGCUACGCCAAAGCGCAGUGGCAACAACAAUGGCUCCGAGCCCAGUGACAUUAUCAUCCCGUUAAGGACUGCAGACAGUGUUUUCUGCCCUCACUAUGAAAAAGUCAGUGGUGAUUAUGGGCAUCCAGUGUACAUAGUCCAAGAGAUGCCUCCUCAGAGUCCAGCAAAUAUUUACUACAAGGUCUGAGAGAACUCUGGCGGUACCUUUGAUUUCCCAGAGGAAACUUACUGUUCGGAUGCUUCCCGUUGAGGGUUUGAUGACACCUUGUGCUCUGGAAUUGACUGAAGCACAGUGGGGGAGAGGGAACACUCCUUCUCAGAAGAGCCUUGUUGAGCUGGACAGUUUACCUAGUCUGUAGAAUUUCAGCCUUGGUGAAUAAAAAUACUCACUGAAAGCUGGAAGCCUGUGUGUAGAAGAUACCCAUUCGGAUUGUUGUACUCUUGUUACAUGUAUCAUCCUCUAAGCCAUGUGCUGCAGUAAUUCAGGCAUAUACAAAAGCCAAGGGAAGACAGAGUGCUUUGUGGAAAAGAGAGCUCGGAGCAUCCUGGGAAGGCACCCUAGGAUGCCAUGCUUGGAAAUGCAGUCUUCGGCCACCUUGGUGUGUGUAUCUCUCUCAGUGCAUACUGGACUUGUCACACAGACCUCUGGCUAAGUAAGGCUUUUAAAGAUCUCUAGCUUUUAGUCCAUCACUGUUACACUCCUUCUGUUAUCCAGGGCUCUGCAGUACUUCUCAUGAGAUUCCCUUUCACUCUCCAUCCUGCAUCACUAAUGGAACAUUAAUGUGUGGAGUUCCCUACUCCAUCCAUUUGCAACAACAGCUACAGUUGAAUGGGUAAUACAUUUAUAGAAAUUGUGUUUGCUAAUAAGGAGCCUUCCAGCCAGAAGCUAGGCUGUCAGCCGAGAAAGACUAGGAGUUCACGGAUGGGGGUGGGGCAGGGGAAAGGGCUGACUGCAAUUGCAGUUUAACACUGCUGCCUCUGAAACAGAAAGUUGGGAAGAAGAAGACAAAAACAGGUAGCACAGCACUUUGGUUUUGUUAAGACUUAGGAGGCAAGUAGGAGACACAACAACACACGUGGUGGAUUAGGAUGCAUUUGAAGGAAUUCACUGUAUCAAAUAGCAAUGUGCAGAGGCAAAUAGUACCUCUUCGCUUGUUUGGUGGAACAAAGGGGUAUUGUUGGUAGAGGAACAAGCUUGGGGGGAGGGAGAAAGUAGGCCACUGAUAUAUUCGGGCAGGACUGUUGUGGUACUGGCAAUAAGAUAUACAGCUCUGAUGCUGUAGGAAAGUCAGUCUGCUUUGGAUGAUUUUUUAAGCAGACUCAGCUGCUAUACUUAUCACAUUUUAUUAAACACAGGGAAAGCAUUUAGGAGAAUAGCAGAGAGCCAAAUCUGACCUUAGAAGUUUAAAAGCCAAGGGUCAAACAGGCUGUAAUUCCAUCAUCGUUGACGUAAUUAAAGAAUUCUCAUAUAUAAAAGGUAGGUCAGAUUCUCCCACCCCAUCCCUCAGUGCCCUGUCCCCGCCCUCCUCCCAGAUCGAGCCUUAUGACACUUUGGUUUAUGGUGGUGCUGUUCGUGCUGCGAGGGGCUGCUGGAUAGGUACUGUGACUGAGGCCUCAGCUCCCCGGUGCUCUGUUUCAAAGUAAAGCACAUAUGGCAAACCUCUUAGAGUCCUUAAGACUGAAAUAAAUUAUGAUGUUGAGGGGGAGAAGGAAGAUAGGACAUAUUUAUAAUAGGUAUAUAGAACACAAGGGAUAUAAAAUGAAAGAUUUUUACUAAUAUAUAUUUUAAAAUUGCACAGAGUACACACCAGAAGAUGUGAAAUUCAUUUCGUGGCAAUUAAGUGGUCCCAACUCUCAGUGCUUUAAAAAAAAAGAAAAAAAAAAUUGGACAGCUACUUCUGGGAAAAACAACAUUACUCCAAAAAUAACAAUAAUGAGAGCAAAUAUAAAAAUAACAAAGUCCUCUGAAGGCAUCUCACAUAACCAUAGACUAGGAAAUACAAGCCCCAAAAUACCAGGAAAUUGAUGUUCCUGCAUCAUAUAUUUAACAAUGACAAGAUGUUCCGGCAUUUAUUUUCUGUGUUGUGUUUUCCCUUGCCUUAUGGGCUGAAGUGUUCGCUAGAAUCCAGCAGGUCACAUUGAGGGGGUUUCAGUUGAAAGCUUAGCUUUAGCUCCCUCCUCCUCUCCUUCCCCCCACUCCCCUCCUUCUGGAAAAAAAAAUAAAUAAGCAAGAAACCUACUUUUUAUGUGCUAUGCAAAAUAGACAUCUUUAACAUAGUCCUGUUACUAUGGUAACAACACUUUGCUUUCUGAAUUGGGAGAAAAAAAAUGUAGCAACAGCAUUUUAAGGUUCUCAGACCUCCAGUGAGUACCUGCAAAAAUGAGUUGUCACAGAAAUUAUUCUUUUCUAUUUCCUGAACCUGAAAAUGAUGUUGGUCCAAAGUGCGUGUGUGUAUGUAUGAGUGGGUGUGUGGUAUACAUGUGUACAUAUAUGUAUAAUAUAUAUCUACAAUAUAUAUUAUAUAUAUCUAUAUCCUAUUUCUGUGGAGGGUUGCCGUGGUAACCAGCCACAGUACAUAUGUAAUUCUUUCCAUCACCCCGACCUCUCCUUUAUGUGCGUUCAUACAAGACUUUCUUGUAAGCCAUCAAAAAUUACUUUUAGUAUGGGGAGAGGGGCAAGAAGGGGAAAAAUGGGAAAUAGUGAGUCUGAUUUUAAUGAAUCAAAUGUACGUAUCAUCGGUUGACUACGUUUUGGUUAUAUACUAAACUGUGAAAAAUCAGAUGAAUUGAUGAAGAGUUACCUGCAACGAAUUGAGAAGUGUACUGUGCGUCUGUUUUGUGUCUGGUGCAGAAUAUGACAAUCUACCAACUGUUCCUUUAUUUGAAGUUGGUUCAGCUUUAGAAAGUUACUGUAAAUGCCUUGCUUGUAUUAUCAUCCCUAGUCACCUGACUUUGGAAUUUGCACCAUCAUGUUUAAGUGAAGAUGCUGUAAAUAGGUUCAGAUUUUACUGUAUAUGGAUUUGGGGUGUUACAGUAGCCUUAUUCACCUUUUUAAUAAAAAUACACAUGAAAACAAGACAGAAAUGGCUUUUCUUACCCAGAUUGUGUACAUAGAGCAAUGUUGGUUUUUUAUAAAGUCUAAGCAAGAUGUUUUGUAUAAAAUCUGAAUUUUGCAAUGUAUUUAGCUACAGCUUGUGUAAAGGCAGUACCAUUCCCCUUUGCACUGUAAUGAGGAAAAAAAUGGUAAAAAGGUUGCCAAAUUGCUGCAUAUUUGUGCCGUAAUUAUGUACCAUGAAUAUUUAUUUAAAAUUUCUUUGUCCAAUUUGUAAGUAACACAGUAUUAUGCUUGAGUUAUAAAUAUUUUUUUCUUUCUUCAUUUUAUUUUAAUAGCCUGUCAUAGGUUUUAAAUCUGCUUUAGUUCCACAUUGCAGUUAGACCCCAGAAAAUGAAAUUCGUGAAGUCACAUUCCACGUCUGUUUCAAACUGAAUUUGUUCUUAAAAAAAUAAAAUAUUUUUUUCCUAUGGAAAAAGUGCCUUCCAAGUA